GGGACUGGGGGCGUGCGUGUGUGGGGGAGCGUGGGGGGGGCCUGGGUUCCCAUGCUCCCUGCGGGGAGGAGGCCAGGAUGCCCUGGUUCUCUCCCAGCUCCAGGUAGACCAGCACUGGGGGCGGCUGGCUCUGGGGUGGGGGGCUGUGGGGCACGGCUCUGGGGUCUCCAGCAGAGGGCAGCAGGGCCCCACUCGCCCUCUAAUUGCACACUUAGUUAAGUCUGUAAUGGAUUUCAGGCCAUUAAAGAACAACAGGCCCCUGGCAGCGCUUCCUACCCCUCUUUCAGGAAUAGGACUUGGGCACCGGGGCUCCCUGCCCCCGCUCCCCAGACUCCCCUCCUUUCCCUCCCAGAGCUGGAGAGAGAACCCAGGAGUCGGAGCCCCCAGCCCUGCUCUCACCCCCCAGGCGCCACACCUCCCAGCCCUGGAGAGAGCCCAGCACCCUCCUCCACUUGGGUGUCUGGGCCUUUAAGAUGGUGGCCACACCUCUUUGUGGCUCCGCCCAGGUGGGGACCUAGAUGAGAUGGGGGUCCAGCUUGUCAGUGGGUCCCUGGUGGCCCUGGGGCUGAGAGGUGCUUCUGUCAUUUGGGGGUGGACCCCAAAUUUCCCAUCAGGGUCCCUGAUUGGUUCUGGAUUUAGCCCCUCCCCUGCAGCCCCUGCCCACUUCCUGUGUUCAGUACCCCUAGGACCUAGUGAGACCCACGUCUGGGUUCCCCCAGCUCUGGAGGGGCGUGGGGUAGGGUGCCAGCCGCACGGGUAAGGAAGCCAGGCUGGGGGCCACGCAGUAUGUCCGGCGUGGCUGCGACCUGUGGCCUCAGGCUUCCUAGGCUAGCUCUUAGGGAGCACAAUUGGUCAGUGAAUCAAUUAACGAGCUGCUGGGAUGCAAAGGAGCCCCUUGGGGAAACCCCAGCCCUCAGAAUCUGAGCUAGCUCAGGCUGUCCACGCCUCAUUAGGACUGGCUGCCUUAGGGCAGCAGGGCUGGCUUGGGCUGGGCCCCAUGCCUCCUUAGGUCUGGCUUUGUUAAGGGCCCCAAGGGCCCCAGGCCUCUUAAAGGUUGGCUUCGGUGCCAGUGGGUAUCCAGCUGGGCUGUUAGCCCCUCCUUUAGGCUGCCUCUGCCUUGAUCAAGAGGCCUCCAGUCCCAGCUCAGGGAGGUCUGAGCCUCUUAAUUAAGUAAUGAAUACCAGGUGUUCCUGGAUUUCUACUCUGCUUGGGACCUGCCCUGGCAGGAGAGGGGAUCAGAUCUGCUGGCAGGGGGGGCUUGGACCCUCGGAUUGUCUCCAGCCCUGGGAGGGGAGAGGAGGGGAGUGGGGUCUCAGGGGGUGAGAGCAGGGUGGGGCUGGGAGCCCAUGGGGGAGCUCUGGGAGGGCCAUGGGGUUUGGGCUGGGGCAGGGAGGCCUGCCAGAAACGACGCACCGGGGCCAGGAGAGCUGGCGCCAGGUGCGGCAGGAAUUGAUCCCGGGGGAUUAGGUUUGGUGAGAGCUGCGUGCCCCACCCAGCCCCAGAGUAUAAAACCCCCUGGGCGCCGGUGCCCACGUACAGCACCAUGCACAUCCUACUCAUCCUCGGCCUCCUGGCUACGCUGCUGGCUCCAGGCUCCGGCCUGAGCUGUGAGGAGUGUUUCAGCCUGGGGGGACCCUGCUCCGGCCCGGUGCUGCCCUGUGGUCCGGGGGAGGACGCCUGCAUGAGCGGCAUGGGGCACUACACCCUGGAGGGAAGGACGCUGCUCAUAGCCUUCAGGUCCUGCCUGGAGCCGGGCAGCUGCAGGACGACGCAUUUCAGUCUCACCUUCCGGCCCGGCGUCACCGUAAGAGCGAAUGUCACUUGCUGCCAUGAGGACGGCUGCAACAUGGGGGUCGUGGAGUUGCCAUCCGUGAGCUCUGUCCCCAAUGGCCGGUUGUGCCCAUCAUGCUAUGUGGAAGGAGCUGGCCAAUGCAAACGCAUGGAGCCGCUACCCUGCACUGGGGCCGAGGACCACUGCGUCGAGUUCACCGGGACAUUGUCAGCUGGUAACAUGUCCCUGACCAAGGCGGCUGCGGGCUGUGGCACCCCUGGUGCCUGCCAGAAGCGCGUUGGAGUCACCAAAUACGCCAGAGGCAUCUUUGACACCCUCACCCGGGCUGUGUGCUACCCGGCACCCCACGGAGAGCUGUGAACCACACUUGGCCUGCCUCCAGCUUGGGGGCACCCCCUCUGGCUGCCACCUGCUGCUGUUUCUCUUGAGAGGGGACUUUUGAGGGGCAAGGGUCUUCUCUGCAGGACAGCAGUUGAAUAAAAGCCUGGAGGACCCUUAACAAUGUCACCUGGUGGUGUUCGAACCAUAGAAACAUUGGGUACAAGGGGUCACAUCCCUGCAACAGGCCCUGUCUGAACUAGCCCCGCCAAGGCUGGAGAUUUCCCUUCCUACCUCAGAGCAAGAGAUGGUUCCAGAGACGUCUGCCCUGGGGCCCUUGGUCUGGGCUCUGGCCAACCCAGACAUCAUCAGUGAUGGGAAACAGGCAUUUCGGCUCCACGACCAGCCUGGAUCUCUCCACCACCAGGUUAGACAGAGUUGCCCAUCCUACUAACGAGGCAAUAACCCCCCAGUUCUCAACCUCAUUAGGGCCUUCUUGGAAAAUGCCAGCUCUUCCUUUUCACUUGUUUCUUGAGGUAUCUUCUCACCUACAGCGUGUGCUUUAUUGUUGAUUUUUUUAAAGGAAAAUUUGAAAAUGUUAGUGGGCAGAAAAUGCAGAAAAUAUGGUAAGAGCCGUUUCUGGCAGGGGAAAGAAAAGUUACGUCUGCAGCCAUUUGCGUACCCCCCUGACACCAGUCAGUGACCGGGGGGGGUCCCCCAGCGGCUGAUCCCGCUGGCUGGGCGGGAGCAGGGUCCCCCGCAUCUGAUCUCACUCACCAUAAAAGCAGCAGUGCCACUUCCGGAGCUCUUGCAGCCAUUUCCAGAAGCGGUGUGGUCGCUUCUACUGGUGGCCCUGCUUCCUGGCCGGCGCUCGCAGUGGGGCACUGGUGCUCCCGCCUGCCCCCCUGCCCGCCGGCUAAACAGGGAGUGCGUCAGGUAUACCACCUGGCAGUGUGUGGUAUGCGAAUAAUUACGGCAGCUACUGUCUCCUCUACAGCUGUG